AUGCAGGCGUCGCUCUUGCAGCUCGAUGAACCGCGCCGCCUCCAGCAGGGUGUCCAGGAGGCUCAUAUCAGACGCGGGCCGCGUCGAACGCGCCCGAUGUCACGCCGCGACUGGCCACGCGCGCCGCGCUCCGCUCACGUGGCCGCCGCGAGGCCGGACCAAUGGGGAGCGAGCGGCGCCGUCACGUGGCCGUCGGCGUCGGCCUAUCGGGGCAGAGAGAGUAACAAGUCGGGGUGGGGUGUGAUCAAUGCUGCUGCAGAUCGAAUGCACUCGCGGUUCACCGGCGGCGCCACGCGCUCGCUCCUUCGAGUCCGGGCGAAGACUUUCACAUCGUUCUUUCAAGUUCGUUCACACUACUUUUCCAAAUUAACAGAAACGUAA